GCGCCUGCGCAGGGGCUGUGGCCCUUUUCCCCCCCUAGCGCUGCUGGGCCUGCAGGUCUGUGUUGAGCCGCGGACGCAGGUCUCUGUUCCUUAGGAUGGGGUUUGUUAAAGUUGUUAAGAAUAAGGCCUACUUUAAGAGAUACCAAGUGAAAUUUAGAAGACGACGAGAGGGUAAAACUGAUUACUAUGCUCGGAAACGCUUGGUGAUACAGGAUAAAAAUAAAUACAACACACCCAAAUACAGGAUGAUAGUUCGUGUAACAAACAGAGAUAUCAUUUGUCAGAUUGCUUAUGCCCGUAUAGAGGGGGAUAUGAUAGUCUGCGCAGCAUAUGCACACGAACUGCCAAAAUAUGGCGUGAAGGUUGGCCUGACAAAUUAUGCUGCAGCGUAUUGUACUGGCCUGCUGCUGGCCCGCAGGCUUCUCAAUAGGUUUGGCAUGGACAAGAUCUAUGAAGGCCAAGUGGAGGUGACUGGUGAUGAAUACAAUGUGGAAAGCAUUGAUGAUCAGCCAGGUGCCUUUACCUGCUAUUUGGAUGCAGGCCUUGCCAGAACUACCACUGGCAAUAAAGUUUUUGGUGCCCUGAAGGGAGCUGUGGAUGGAGGCUUGUCUAUCCCUCAUAGUACCAAGCGAUUCCCUGGUUAUGAUUCUGAAAGCAAGGAAUUUAAUGCAGAAGUACACCGGAAGCACAUCAUGGGCCAGAAUGUUGCAGAUUACAUGCGCUACUUAAUGGAAGAAGAUGAAGAUGCUUACAAGAAACAGUUCUCUCAAUACAUAAAGAACAGCGUAACUCCAGACAUGAUGGAGGAGAUGUAUAAGAAAGCUCAUGCUGCUAUACGAGAGAAUCCAGUCUAUGAAAAGAAGCCCAAGAAAGAAGUUAAGAAGAAGAGGUGGAACCGCCCCAAAAUGUCCCUUGCUCAGAAGAAAGAUCGGGUAGCUCAAAAGAAGGCAAGCUUCCUCAGAGCUCAGGAGCGGGCUGCUGAGAGCUAAACCAAACAAAUUUUCUAUCAGGAUUUUUCAGAUAAAGACAAUAAACUUAUGGACAGCAAUUAUAUCUGUGUUAAGCUCUUAUUCUUAUGAACCUUAUAGGAAAUACCUGAAGUAUUUUGUAAAAGCAAAGGAGUUGACAGGUUUUCUUCUCCAAGAAAAGAAGCGUAACUUUUUUAGUAAAAGUUGUUUCCAACAAAGUUCCCACUUAUAUUCUUGGGCUUCUAUUUUACCUGCCAGGGAGUCAUUAUCACUAAUGUUCUAUGAUGUACAGCUUUCCCUAAAAAUCUGGCAAGCAACAGACCAACCAUUACUAGGAAAUAUUUCUCCCAUCCAUUUAUUAUAACCAGAUGAUUAAUGGGAAGAAAAAGUAACUUAAAGCAAACAAAACAGGUGCUAAUCCAUGGCUUUGAAGGAAAGUUUUGAGAGAAAGCUGUCCAGUGAAGGUCACAUAGAUUUUUAACACAUCCAUUUGACCUAGGUGAAACCUUUGAGCAGAAAAUACUGGAUCUUUUCUCCAAAAGAUAUUAAUUUUAUGGAGAUGUUGAAAGGUAACAUGCCAAAUCUGAGUAUACAUGUGAAAAUAACAUGGAAGAGGAGCAAAUAUUAAACCUUGUAUAUCAAGUUUGCAUGGGG